AUGGCCAGCAUCAUGACGAUCCUCGAGCAAAAUCCGACCGUGGGCAUUGCCGUGGGCGGCGCGCUCGUUGUUGCCGCCGUGGGUCUGACAGCGGCCAAGGCGCUGGGCGGCGGUGACAAGUCUCCGUCCUCGAAGACCUCGACAGCGUCAAAGAAGAAGAAGAAGAGCGUCAAGGGCAAGAAGAAGACGGUGGCAGUGGCCCCCGCGGAUCACGAGGCGCCCUCGUCUUCUGACAUAAACCUCGAAGAGUUUGUCGACGAUGGGCCGGACUCAGAAGAGGAAGAGGCACUUCGCGCAGAGAAACGCAAGCUGAAGCUCAAGCAAAAGAAGAAAAAUGCCAAAGCCAAACAGCGCGCUGUGGUGAGUAGUACUCCAGGCAAACCAGGAGCAGAGGAGACGGACAAGGAGAAGGAGAAGAAGAAGGCUGCAGCUGCUGCAAUCAAGAAGGAUGUGGACGAUGGGUGGGAAACGGUCCUGAGCAAGAAGAAGAGUGCAAAGUCCAAGCAGCAGUAG